ACUCUCCGUAUAUAAUGGAACGGACCAUUUUUUAUAAAUGUUCAAGAUAAACUAUCCGAUUUUGGUCUUGUCUAUUAUUAAUUUAAUUUAAUUUUUUUUUAUAUACCAGAUCGAAGUCAGACUAUUCUAAUUCAUGAUGCAUUGAGUCCGAUAUUUGUAUACAAAUUAUUUGACAGGAGAUAAAGAAUCAGGCAGAAAAAUGGAUUUGAACUGAAGAAUAUGAACUGAUGCAUGGUCACAUGGAAAGCUCAAACUGUUCAACAUGUCCAGAAAGGGUGACGUACCUGUCCCUCCCGUGGGAACAUGUAAUCUACCGGUACGUGAUGCCGUGUCUGUCCCUGAAGGAGAUCUUCCAACAGAGGCUGGUGUGCAGGCAGUUCAAGGAGCUGGUUGACCGCUACUUCCAGCUGACGUUCCUCGUUGACAUCAGUCGCGUGCCUGGCCGCAUGACGGCACUGGCCUUCUCCAUCAUGGUGGACAACAACCGGUGUCUGCGCUAUCUGACGCUGCACAAUGCCAAGGACUGGCUGUGUGACCAGCUGCUGCUGCCCGUGUUUGAGAACAAUCCUCAUCUUCAGAAGCUCGAUCUCACCAACUGUUCCAGUCUCACGGAGACCAGCCUCAAUGCCGUGGCUGUUCAGUGUCCACGGUUACGCAUUCUGGUCCUAAGGAACUGUCACUGGGUCAGUCCGACAGGCAUUUCCAUGGUGACGGUGUGUCUGCCGGAUUUAGAGCAUCUUGAUUUGACAGGUUGCUGGGAUCUACAGGAUAAAGCAAUUAUUUCUCUAGUUAUGCAGUGCAACAAACUGAGAUAUCUGUCUCUCUCUAAGAUCUACAGCCUCACUGACAAUGCUAUCAACGUGGUGGCUCACUGCUGCGUCGGUCUACAGCAUCUCAACAUCCAGGGCUGUUGGCGCAUCACCAACGAUUCCAUCAGAUUACUUGGUGCGUACUGUCAGUGUCUCGAAGCUCUACAAGUGAAGGACUGUCGCGAUAUUAAUGAAAUUAGUUUAGCACAUCUCCGAGCUCGCGGAGUCAAGAUCGACUGUAGACCGCCACCCGGAACUCAGUAUCUGAUGUACUUGUCUGAAAAUCUACAUCAACGUCAUCUACAGAUAUAAUAUAUUGACAUUUUUAACAAUGGUACCAUUAGUUUAUUAGAACUGUGAGUAAAACUUAAAUAUUGUUACUGCUGGCAAUGAUAGCUAGUCUUGGUGUAAAUUAUAAUAUUGUUAUGGGCUUUCACAUGUAAUGUCAAAAGUAAGUUAUGUUUGUGUACAUUUGAGAGUGAUGAAUAUAAUAUAGGUGGAAUGUGCAUAUUAUAUUACAUAUGAUGUAAUAAAUGGUGUAUAUACACAGGCAAGUGUG